AUGGAAGAAAGCAGGCAUAUCGAGCAGCUACAGUUCCGGAGAACUACAUUGCUUGCGUCCUUGUCGCGUGCAGAACAGUUCGUGCAAGGAUUCGUCGAGGAACGGGACAUGCUCGAGGUAAGGGUGCGGCUAGAGAACGUUGAGGAAGUAUGGGAAGGACUCCAAGUAGUUCAGGCGGAGCUUGAAGACAUCGAGAACGACAAUGAAAGCCGGUCGCACACGAAUAACAAUUAUGAACAUCCACAAGUAUCAAAUGUUGCUUCCGUUGCUUCCAAUAACUUUGAAGGAGAGAUCGUCAGUACUAUGGCAUUCAAACAGCAAGCUAGUUCCCAAUCCUUCGUACCCGUUAAUGCAGCAGAUAAAACCAUUUUUAUGCUAACGGCAAUAGUCAUCGUUAUCGAUCGCUUUGGCAAACAUCAUUACGCACGAGCCUUGUUAGACUCUGCUUCGCAACCAAACAUUAUUUCCGAACGAUUGGUGCAAGUUCUGCGACUGAAAAGAAGGCGAAACAACAUGACGAUUCAUGGCAUUGGUGAAUUACCUCAAAACACCAAUGGCUCAGUAUUUACCCAAAUCAAAUCAAGAACAUCUAAGGUUGAGCUUAAUGUUGAUUUCCUGAUUCUUGACAAGUUAACAUCCGUCUUGCCUGCACACAACGUAAAUGUUCAAAGCUGGAACCUUCCAAAAGAUAUCAGCCUUGCAGAUCCUCAUUUCAACUUAAGCUCGGAAAUCGACAUGAUAAUCGGUAGCGAACACUUCUUCGCAUGCUUCGAAACAGCUGAAAGAAUCCAUCUCAAACCUAAUCUCCCUACCUUAGUCGAUAGCAUAUUCGGUUGGUUGGUCUGCGGUGCUGCUGCCGCAAAUUUUUCUAUAUCACUCGAUGUGAGCGCAUCUUACUCGAUAACUGCUGUCUCUUUGCAACCAUUAGAAGAAAGUAUGGAAAGGUUCUGGAAAAUAGAAGAAAUAACAAGUCAGUUACCACUCUCCAAAGAAGAACAGCAAUGUGAAAACAUGUACACCGAAACGGUCACCCGAAAACCCGAUGGUCGCUAUGUCGUUAAACUUCCUCGGCAAGCCAAUUUUGAGGAACUAGUCGGAGAUUCAGAAAAAAUUGCGUGGCGUCGUUUCCAUAUUUUGGAGAAGAAGUUAGAGCGUGAACCUCAGCUUAAGGCCGAUUACCAUAAGUUCAUGAGCGAGUACCUUGAACUCGGUCAUAUGCGUUUAGUUUCAACAGAUGAAAAAACUAAUUCGCAUGUUUGUUUUUUACCCCACCAUCCUGUUAUAAAAGAAUCUAGCUCCACAACAAAGUUACGCGUGGUCUUUGACGCAUCCGCAAAAACGUCUACUGGGAGCUCUUUGAAUGAGGCCUUGUUGGUUGGCCCUGUAGUACAGGAUGAUUUACUGUCCAUAAUUAUGCGCUUUCGUACAUAUCCAGUUGCUGUAGUCGCGGACAUUGAGAAAAUGUACCGCCAGAUUUGGUUACACCCAGACGACACUCCAUGCCAACGAAUUUUUUGGAGGUUUGAUCAAAAUGGUCCUUUGCGCACGUACGAGCUACAAACUGUAACAUAUGGGCUUGGGCCUUCUUCGUAUUUAGCUACCAGGACUCUGCAACAAAUUAUAGAUGAUGAAGGGGAGCGUUUUCCUAUAGCGGCAUCUAAAGGCAAAAUUAGUUUUUACAUGGACGAUUUUAUUGGUGGAGCGGAAACAGUUUUCGAAGCAAUCAAGUUACGCGAGGAAUUGAGCGAAAUGUUACUUAAAGGUGGCUUCUGUUUGAGAAAAUACGCUUCUAACAGGUGCGAAGUACUAAACGGUUUAGCAGAAGAUCAAAUUGCCAUGCGAUCUUGCCUCGAUUUUGAUAAAGAAGAACCGAUCAAAACAUUGGGUAUCUGCUGGGAACCUGAGAAGGACUUAUUUGGAUGCAAUGUUGGCAUACGAGAUCCAGUUGAGCCGAUCACCAAGCGUCAAAUAUUAUCCGGCAUUUCGCAGCUAUAUGAUCCGCUAGGUUUGAUUGCACCGAUUGUUAUUCGUGGUAAAAUGUUGAUGCAACGGUUGUGGUUGCAAUCUUGCGAAUGGGAUGAGCCGAUAAAUGGAGGUUUAGCAGAUCAGUGGGCACGUUAUCUACGGGAAUUAUCAGGGCUCCAAGCAUUUCGAGUAAGCAGAUAUGCAUUUCUUCCCAAAUCCGAGAUUCAAAUCCACGUUUUCUCCGAUGCCUCUGAAAGUGCAUACGGUGCAUGUGUAUAUGCUCGAUCUCUAAACAAUGACGGUAAAAUAAAUGUUAGUUUGUUAGCUUCCAAAUCCCGAGUAGCACCACUCAAGAAGGUAACUUUACCGAGGCUCGAAUUGUGCGCAGCAAACGUAGCUGCCGAGCUGCAUUCCAAAGUGUUGAAAGCUCUGCGUUUGUCGAUUUCAGCCUCCUUUUUCUGGUCCGACUCAACAGUGACACUCCAAUGGAUAAAUGCUCCACCCAAUUGCUGGAAAACAUUUGUAGCGAACCGAGUAUCCAACAUACAGACGCUAACAAAGGGAGCAAAAUGGAACCACGUUUCUGGAUUACAAAAUCCUGCUGAUCAUGUUUCGCGAGGCAUGGAUGUCGAUUCGUUCCUGAAAAGUACUUCUUGGAAGUCUGGGCCUGAAUGGCUUUCCCAGCCAGAGGAAAUGUGGCCGAAGCGAGAUUUGGCAGAUUAUCCUGUGAAUGGAAAAGAGCGGCGUAAGACAGUGGUAGCUGUUGUCAAAGUAGAGUCAUCUUACAAUCCGAUUUUCGAGCGAUAUGGAUCUUAUGUUCGGCUUCUUCGUGUAACUGCACUCAUGCUGCGAUUUGCAAACAAUUGCCGCCAAAAGGGUACGGAAGUUCACAAAACUACAAUAGAGCUGAUUCCAACCAUCGAUGACAUAACGGUAGCCGAAACUCGUUUGGUUCAGUUGGCCCAAGCAGAUGUGUUCAAACUGGAGCUUAAAGCGUUAAAAAAGAGCCUUCCUUUAUCGACUUGUUCUCCGAUACGAUUGUUGAGUCCAUACCUAGAUAAUGAGAAAGUAAUUAGAGUGGGGGGGAGAUUGCAAUUAUCUGAUCAGCCUUACGUUACCAAGCACCCUGCCCUUUUGCCCGCUCCUCAUCCUUUCACCCGGUUACUCAUUAUUCACUUUCAUCUUAAACUGGUUCAUGGUGGCGGCCGACAAACUCUUGCUUGCAUCCGAGAGAGAUUUUGGCCUAUCAAUGGCAGACGAAUGGUGAGAAACGUUAUCAGAACAUGCUAUCGCUGCACCCGAGCUUGUCCCGUUCCAGAGAAGCAGCAAAUUGGACAACUACCAGCCAGCCGCAUCACGCCGAGUCGACCGUUCUCGAUAGUAGGGGUGGAUUACGCGGGGCCAGUUUAUUUGAAACCAGCGCAUCGGCGAGCACAAUCUACGAAAGCAUACAUCAGCGUCUUCAUUUGCUUUGCGACCAAGGCGGUACAUCUGGAGCUGGUAGGUGACCUUUCAACGCCAUCCUUCUUGUGCGCACUCCGGCGUUUCAUCGGUCGUCGUGGCUUUCCGUCCGAUAUUUAUUCGGAUAAUGGCAAAAACUUUGUUGGUGGAAACAACGAACUACGAGCUCUCCAAAAAUUUGUCAUGGAAAACCAGAAGGAAAUACAUGGUUGCUGUGUCAACAAAGGCAUCAACUGGCAUUGGAGUCCUCCUAGGGCUCCGCACUUUGGAGGACUGUGGGAAGCGGCCGUGAAGGUGGCCAAAAGGCAUAUGUACCGGCAACUUG